AUGCCUUCGUUGGCCGGAAUCAGACAGUUUCUAGCAUCACAUACAGAGAUGUCUUCCGCAAGGAAUCCACCGAGUCAAGGCUUCCCGGCCGUCCCCUCAACUCUCAACGCUGGCGACUACGAGAUGCGGGAUUACAGCCAAGACCACGACAACGCGCCUCCCACCACCCUACCUUACUACACGCCAUAUCUAGGUCUUAGAGCACGAUUAUCGCAAGUAUGGAUCAACCGAUGGACCAUCCUCUUACUCCUGAUCAUCUGCCGGCUCCUCCUCGCCAUCUCAACCAUCAACCAUGACAUUGGUUCAGCCAAGCGUGAAGCACUCGCGGCAUGUACCAGUGUCGAGCAUGCCGGAAGCACCAUGGCCUCUAUGCCUCAUUACCUGUCGCAAGGUGUCAAUGCCAUGGCUGCUGACGGUGUCACCACAGCCGUCAAUGGUCUUAUGCAGAUGCUAUUGCUCAGUAUCACAGGCGUAGAGGAGAUUGUCCUAUUCGUCAUCAACAUGAUGACCUCGACCUACAUGUGCUUGAUCACUCUGGCUGUCUCGGGAAGUCUUCAUGCCGCUAUCGACAUUGCCGAGAAAGUCGGCGCUGCCAUGAAUACGACUAUUAGUAGCAUCACUGGUGACAUGGCAUCAACGCUGAAAACCUUCAGCGAUGAUUUGAGCAACUUACUAAAAGCUGCCACCAGCAUCCCAGGCAUCAAGAAUGCACCCACAAUCGAUUUGAGUUCUCAGAUCGCCAAGUUGAACAGUAUUCAGAUCGACCCUUCCACCAUGGAUGCGGAUCUUACCAAGCUCAAUAACUCUAUUCCAACCUUUGCUGAUGUACAAAAUUUCACAAAUACUGUUAUUCGCUUACCUUUUGAGGAGGUCAAGAAGCUCAUCAACCAGUCCUAUUCCGCCUAUACCUUCGACAAGUCUGUUUUCCCUGUCGCUCAGAAGAAGUCCUUGUCAUUCUGCUCGAAUGACAGUACUAUCGACAAGUUCUUCGAUGAGAUAGUGAAGGCAAUUUAUACGGCUCGCACGGUCUUUAUUGUUGUUCUUCUUCUUGCAGCAAUCUUGGUGUGCAUUCCGAUGGCCUACUUGGAGAUUCGCCGCUGGCGCACAACGAAGCAGCGAUCAGUCCUUCUCCAGAAGCAUGCUUUUGAUCCUAUGGAUGUUGUCUAUAUCGCGUCUCGUCCAUAUACUACCACAGCCGGCAUCAAGCUAUCAUCAAGAUUCAAGAGCCCCAAGCGCCAAAUUCUUGCUCGUUGGUUCAUCGCAUACGCUACGUCACUUCCUGCAAUGUUCCUUCUCGCACUUGGAUUGGCGGGCCUCUUUAGUUGUCUCUGCCAAUUUGUUAUCUUGAAGCUCAUCGACAAGGAAGUUCCUAAACUUGCGCACGCGGUCGGAAAUUUUGCUGACGACGUUGUCCACUCACUCAACAAUGCCUCGGAAUCAUGGGCCACCGACGCCAAUAAUGUGAUCAACAGUACCAAUGUGAAGCUUAACGAUGAUCUUUUUGGCUGGGUCAAUACAUCCACAACAGCUGUGAACAGCACGCUCAAUGCCUUCACCGAUGAAAUGAACAAGGUAUUGAACGCUACUUUUGGCGGGACAAUUCUCUACGAGCCAAUCCAAGGAGUCAUCAAUUGCCUCAUCGAGCUCAAGAUAGCUGGUGUUCAGAAAGGGCUCACCUGGGUCCACGACAACGCUCACGUUGACCUUCCUGAAUUCCGCCCCGAUGUUUUCUCCCUUGGCGCAGCAGCCAGCCUCACCAACACAACAGCCGACGACUCAUUCCUUGCCAAUCCAGGCGCUGUAGCCAGCGACGACAUCACCAGCGCCGUCGUCAAAGUCUCCAAUGCCCUGGAAAGUGGUAUCCGUACCGAAGCCAUCAUCUCCUCCUGCGUCCUUGGCCUUUUCUUCUUCAUCAUGCUAAUUGGUCUCGGCCGCGUCCUGGUCGGCAUGUUCAGCCAUGAUAAACAUCGUGGUGAAGGGGGGCCCGUUGCCUAUACCGGCCAAACCAGGGGCGUGUCACUCGAAAGUGAUAAUCCCACAAGCGCUGCACCGUCAUACGCAUUCCGAGAACCAACCAGUGGUUAUGACGAGAAGCUUGGAGCUGUGGGACGGAGGAGCGUAGAAGCUAGUAUGAAGCCUGGACUUGACAGGAAGAGCAGUUACGGGUUUGUUGAAGGGAGACAAUAA